UAGCGGGCUGAGUGUGGGAGCUCGACUGGCAGCGAAGCCUCCGUCUCGCUCUCGAGCCAACUGCAACCCGAGAUCUUCAGCCUGUUUACUUUGCCUUUUAACUUUUGAAGGGGCCCGAGCAACCGCGUGCUCGAAUGUUUCAACGGUAUGACAGACUGCUAAGCACAUUUCUAAAUGAACCGGAGCAGAGGAUCCAAAUUGUGGCAUAGAACGCGAUGACGGUGCAGUCAGACCUUCACUGGUGAUUGGAGCUGGGUAAGCAGGGAUGAUGCGUUGUCUGGCAGCCCGUGUUCACUACAAGACCCUGAUAGUGAUCUGUGCUCUUCUGUCUCUGCUCACGGUCCUUCUUUGGAACAAGUGCACGAGUGAGAAAGCACUGCGCUUCCUGCCCCGGCACCCUCAACCUCCUCCCAGCCCCAAAAUAGACAGCCAUCCACAGCAGCCCCAGCCCCCGGAACCUCCACCUGUAGUUGGCGGAGUGCGAUAUGAAGAGAUAGACUGCCUGAUCAAUGACGAUGCCACUAUUAAAGGCCGUCGAGAAGGCAGUGAGGUUUAUAUGCCCUUCAGCUGGAUGGAGAAGUACUUUGAGGUGUACGGCAAGGUGGUGCAGUAUGACGGUUAUGAUCGUUUUGAGUUUUCGCACAGUUACUCCAAAGUAUAUGCCCAGAGAGAGCAGUACCACCCCAAUGGAGUCUUCAUGUCCUUUGAGGGGUAUAACGUGGAGGUGCGUGACAGAGUCAAGUGCAUCAGUGGAGUGGAAGGAGUACCGUUGUCCACCCAGUGGGGCCCUCAAGGGUAUUUCUAUGCUAUUCAGAUAGCUCAGUAUGGCCUGAGUCAUUACAGUAAGAAUCUGACAGAGCGGCCGCCUCAUGUGGAGGUGUAUGACACGGCGGAGGAGAGAGACAGCAGGUCCACCACAUGGGCUGUCCCUAAGGGCUGCUCUCUCACCAGAGUAUAUGACAAGACCAGAGCCACAUCUGUACGGCAGUUCAGCGCUCCAGAAAACUCAGAGGGUGUCUCACUUCCUCUUGGCAACACAAAAGAUUUCAUCAUCUCCUUUGACCUGAAGUUUACAUCUAAUGGUAGCGUCUCUGUAAUCUUGGAGACCACAGAGAAAGGGCCACCAUUUGUUAUCCAUUACGUCACCACCACCCAGCUCAUUUUGCUCAAGGACCGUGACAUCACCUAUGGUAUCGGCCCUCGGACCGCAUGGACCACAGUCACCCGUGACCUUCUCACUGACUUGCGCAAAGGCAUUGGCCUCUCCAACACCAAAGCGGUCAAAGCCACCAAAACUAUGCCAAGGCGUGUUGUAAAGUUAGUGGUGCACGGCCACGGGACAAUAGACAAUAUCACAAUCUCCACCACUUCACAUAUGGCGGCUUUUUAUGCCGCAAGCGAAUGGUUGGUGCGCAACCAGGACGAGCGUGGUGGCUGGCCAAUCAUGGUCACCCGUAAACUCGGGGAGGGUUUCCGUGCACUGGAGCCAGGUUGGUAUUCGGCCAUGGCACAAGGACAGGCCAUGUCCACUCUAGUGCGUGCCUAUCUAAUGACUAAAGAUGACACGUACCUAAAGGCUGCCCUGCGAGCCACCGGACCUUUUAAACUGCCCUCAGAACAGCACGGUGUCAAAGCAGUGUUCAUGAACAAGUAUGACUGGUAUGAGGAGUACCCCACAAUCCCCAGCUCCUUCGUUCUGAAUGGAUUCAUCUAUUCCCUCAUAGGUCUGUUUGACCUGGCGCAAACUGCAGGUGAGAAACUCGGGCGGGAUGCGGGACAGCUGUACAGCAAGGGAAUGGAGUCCUUGAAAGUUAUGCUUCCCCUGUAUGACACAGGGUCAGGCACCAUCUAUGACCUGCGCCACUUUAUUUUGGGCACAGCGCCCAAUUUGGCCCGUUGGGAUUACCACACAACGCACAUCAACCAGCUCCAGCUGCUGGGUACUAUUGACAACUCGCCCAUCUUCAGGGACUCCGUCAAGCGCUGGAAAAGCUACCUGAAAGGAGGAAGGGCUAAGCACAAUUAAGCGGAGCACACCUUUUAAGAUCUCUUUCGGCCCUCGCUGUCCUCUUCCUGACUGCCACCAUGAGGGCCACGGUGACUAGCAGGGAGAUAAAAAAUAAUGGCUGAACUCAUUGGUAGCUGUAUGAGUUUUCAGUUUGAGACCGUAAUUGCAGUCCUUCUUGUGUCAAUGCUGAGGUUUUAAUUAGGUGCAGACGCAGCUGCUUGCAGCAUGUGUGUGGAUGAGGAAAAGGGAGGGUUUGGGUAUUUAAUAUUAAAAGCUCCGGAUCUGCGGGUUUGACUGAGAAACACGUCUGCUGAGAUUUGCCGCAUUUGGGCACACUUCAGUCAAGAUGAGGGAUCGCAAAGCGGCUUUCAGAACCUUCUUCCAAAGCAAUGUUCGGGAAACAGUCAGAAAGGCAAACAUGUUGAGCAAACAUUAGCCGCGAUUGUUAUUUAAAUUCACAACUCAUGAGCAGAACACAUUUCAUGUAAGCUAUAAAGAAAAUGUGUUCAACUGUAGCAUUAUUAUGUUUCUGAAGGUUUACCCGGUCGGAGGGAAACACAAGGCCUUUUUGUUCAACUCGUUUUCCACCCUUCAGUCUGUGUUUCAUGAUCCUUUGCUCUGUCAGAAUCCCACCACAAUCAGAUUGAGCUGUCACUAAUGCGGCCCAGUCCUGCCCAUAAUGCACUUAGAGCUUUAGAGAGGCAGUCGUAGGUCACUUGCUUCAUGUUUACAACAGAUUUCAGGAAACAUAGCUAUAGUUACUAAGAUACCAAUGUCCGGAUUAACAAACACACAGCUUUGGUUGCUUUCUGAGAAAUCUGCUGGAAUGGUGGCGUAGCCGGUGUUCAUCCCUGUAACAUGUAGACUGGUCAUGCACUUUACUUGUGUGGCAUGCGUGUUGUGUGUGUUGAGGAUGUUGUAACUUCACCAACAUCAAGGUAGUUUCUUGCCCUAUUGGCAGUGAAUCAUUAAUAAGGGAAUCGUCAGAUUUGUUUACUGAUAUAUUGUAGCUCUUCCCAAUUAUUCCACAAUUUUCUUUUUGGACAGUUGUAUUUUUUAUUAGAUUUCUUUUAGGUAACAUCUAAAUUAGUCUUUCUCAACCAUGUUCCUGGAGGACCACCAGCUCUGCACAUUUUCCUUGUCUCCUUAACCAAACACACCUGAUUCAGAUCAUCAGCUCAUUAGGAGAGACUGAAAGACCUGUAAUGAGUGUGACAGACAAAGGAGACAUCUAAAACAUGCAGGGCUGUUGGGACUCCAGGAAUGUGGUUGAGAAACACUGAUCUAAACUAUACAUUUAAACUACAUCUACUUUUUUUCAUUUUUAAUUUCAAAAACUCACAUUCAGUUGAAUAUCUUGCAUCUCAGCCUUGGAAAAGAUGAGUUUUCUUUUAAAUAGUGAAAUGAUUUGGAUGCGCGACCUUGAUGCAUUUCCUUGCAUCACCAAAAUCAUUUAGCAGCCUUCUGACUAGCACAGCCAAGUACAGCAGAUGGAAAUAUUUUCUUGAGUUUCGGCUAUGUAAAUAUCUGCUCAGCCACUUGACCUCUGCCGUAAAACCUCCACCUGGCUCAAUCCUGUCCAUCUUAAUCUGACCAAGGCUGCUAAGAGGCCGAGAUAUUAUCCCAUUAUCUGGUAACCUGCUGUUCAGAACCAUCUCGAGCAGAUGUUCACAUUCCAGUAUGGCUUUGAAUUUCAGAAAAUAAAUGUCAGAGAAGAGGAAUGUGACAUUUCUAAAUGUUUGAUAUCAACGCUUCCGGUUUGUUUGGCAGAGAUGGCUUUUAGAGACUUUGGGUGCACGGGCCCCGAGGCGUAUCUUUUGUGUUGACCUUCUUUUGGUUUAAAAAUCAUGUUUUCCCAUGAAAAUCAGGCUGCCUGUAGUCUCACAGACACGGAUCUCACAUAUAAUACUAUGCACAUUUCAUACUUGUCAUUUAAUGAGCAGAUAGAAGUACGUUUAAAGAGGUAAAGAUGUUACCAUGAGUGAGACAGAGAGCUGCAUUUCAUUUAUACUGUACCAAAGUCUUUAAAGUUUGAGUUAUUUUGUCUGAAACUUUAGCAUUUGUCUAGUUAUUUUCUUUUUUGAGAGAGAUUGUGAAUGAAGUAAAUUUUUAGUGGUGUGUUAUGGACAUACCGUCCUCUGAAGAAAUGCCUUUUUUCACCUUUAGUUUAGAUUUGUAUAAUGAGGAGUGGGUUUAGAAGAGAACAGGGAAUGUUAUUAAUCACUGCUAUAUGUGGGGAUGUGUGCAAAUCUUGAUGCUCAGUGCUACAUAUUUCUAAAGGGAAAAGAGAGACUUGAAAUAGCAUGUCUGUUCUUUAAAAGCCUUGUUAAAAAAAGCCUCCUUUUUGAGUUUGGUUUACCAAACAUUGGUUGCAUUUGAGUGAACUCUGUGGAGUGAGCGAUGCUAAAGCACAACUAUAGUUUCUUGAAUUAAUUUAUUCUCAUUUCUCUCCUUUGGACAAUGUGCAAAGCCUUCCUCUGCAAGUUGUUGCAGUUUAGAAUUAUAAAAUGAUUUCCCCUUUCUUUUUGGUCACAGUUGUUUUUUAUUUUUGACAUUCUUAAGUUUCUAAAUUGACAUGUUAGGUGUAUUUUCAUGUGUAUGCAAUAAAUGGUUCAACUGGAUCGCAACAGCUGCACACCCAGAGGUUGUAGAGACUUUGCAAAGGAAGCACAAUGUGCGAUCAUUUUUAUGCAGGACAAAUGUUUAUUAAAGUCUUUGUGCUUUAAAUUGCUUUUUUAAAGUUGUAUAAAUAAAGGCAUUUCGUUUUAUAAA